AGCAAGCAAGUGGCGGCUGGCCCAGCCAGCCUGAGCUUGGGCCUCCUCCAAGACUCGCCCCGCAGCAGGGCGGCGCACCCCGGGGAGCCUAUAAGGGCCUCUCUACCACCCUCACCGCUCACUCGAUCCCGAAGCCCUUCCUGCGCCUACGCCCCCCACUGCCCAGCCAUGGAGGCCAUCAAGAAGAAGAUGCAGAUACUGAAGCUGGACAAGGAGAAUGCCAUCGACCGGGCCGAGCAGGCGGAGUCAGAUAAGAAAGCUGCUGAGGAGAAGUGCAAGCAGGUAGAGGAGGAGCUGACGCACCUCCAGAAGAAGCUGAAGGGGACGGAGGAUGAGCUGGACAAAUACUCCGAGGACCUGAAGGACGCGCAGGAGAAGCUGGAGCUGACGGAGAAGAAAGCCUCCGACGCUGAAGGCGAUGUGGCAGCUCUCAAUCGACGCAUCCAGCUCGUCGAGGAGGAGUUGGACAGGGCUCAGGAACGACUGGCCACAGCCCUGCAGAAGCUGGAGGAGGCAGAAAAGGCUGCAGAUGAGAGUGAGAGAGGAAUGAAGGUGAUAGAAAACCGGGCAAUGAAAGAUGAGGAGAAGAUGGAGAUUCAGGAGAUGCAGCUCAAAGAGGCCAAGCACAUUGCUGAGGAGGCUGACCGCAAAUACGAGGAGGUAGCUCGUAAGUUGGUCAUCCUGGAGGGCGAGCUGGAGAGGGCAGAGGAGCGUGCCGAGGUGUCUGAACUAAAAUGUGGUGACCUGGAAGAAGAACUCAAGAACGUCACUAACAACCUGAAGUCGCUAGAGGCCGCAUCUGAAAAGUAUUCUGAAAAGGAGGAUAAAUAUGAAGAAGAAAUUAAACUUCUGUCUGACAAACUGAAAGAGGCUGAGACCCGUGCCGAAUUUGCAGAGAGAACAGUUGCAAAACUGGAAAAGACAAUUGAUGACCUGGAAGAAAAGCUUGCCCAGGCCAAAGAAGAGAACGUGGGCUUACAUCAGACACUGGAUCAGACACUAAACGAACUAAACUGUAUAUAACCAAAACAGAAGAGUUUUGUUCCAAAAGAAACUCCAGAGCUCCGUGUCUUUCUCUUCUCUUGUAAGAAGUUUCUUUUGUUAUUGCCUCUUCGCUUUGCUGGAAAUGUCAAACAAAUUAUGAACACAUGACCAAAUAUUUUGUAUCAGAGAAGCUUUGAGCACCAGUUAAAUCUAUUCCUUCCUUUUUUCAAAUGGCACCAGCUUUUUCAGCUCUAUUUUUAUCCUUAAAUUGCAUUUAUUCCUAAGGUAGGCAGGGUAUUUCAUAUUGAGCAUACUCUCUUAAGACUGAGGGCAUUUGGUUCCUGGGAGAAUAGACAACCUCACACUUUGAAAACACAGAUUCCGAUAUCUAGUCAUGGGUCAAUUUAAAAGGUUGAAGAAUAUCCACCAUCGGUCACAUUAUAGGAGGCCAGGGACCGUCACAUUAAAAUGGGUGGGGAUUUUCCAUCCAGAG